AUGUCGUUAUUCAAGAAGAAAGCGCCGAAAUAUAAUGCACCGCCAGUGCCAACAGCACCUUCGGAGGAUAUGGAUAACCAUCACAGUAACGGCUUAGAUAAUAAUAAUGGUUCACAGAAAUCGCAACUGGUCUUUCACUGUCAACAGGCUCAAGGUAGCCCUCUGGGGCUAAUUUCUGGAUUUUCAAACGUGAAGGAACUUUACCAGAAGAUUGCAGAAUGUUACGAUUUUCCACCGGAGGAUAUCCUAUUUUGUACGCUAAACACGCACAAAGUGGACAUGAAAAAAUUAUUGGGCGGACAAAUUGGCUUGGAAGACUUCAUAUUCGCACAUAGAAAAGGCAGACCAAAGGAAAUCGAGAUAGUGAAAACCGAAGACGCGCUCGGACUGACGAUCACGGAUAAUGGUGCUGGGUACGCUUUCAUCAAGAGGAUUAAAGAAGGCUCUAUUGUUUCGAGAAUACCACAUAUAGAGGUUGGCGAUCACAUUGAGAAGUUGGACGGUGAAAAUAUGGUCGGCAAAAGGCAUUACGAGGUCGCGAAGUUACUGAAGGACAUCCCUAAAGGGACUACGUUCAUAAUUAGGCUGGUGGAACCGUUAAAAAGUGGUUUCGGCAGUAUUGGACCAAAAUCGAGCAGUGCACGCGCGGGAAGAAAAACAAACUAUGGCUCGGGGAAAGAAACUCUAAGAUUCAAAGCGAACGGGCCAGCAACGAUAGAAAAUGAGCAUGACGAGAAAUCCAAAGCUGGUAUAGAGAAAAUAAAUGGACUGUUGGAAUCUUUUAUGGGAAUAAACGAUUCUGAACUGGCAACACAGAUGUGGGAUAUAGCUGAGGGCAAGACGAAUUCCAUGCAACUUGCUGAAGCAAUAGACAACAGCGAUCUGCAGGAGUUCGGUUUUACAGACGAAUUCAUAAUAGAGCUUUGGGGUGUGAUAACGGAUGCCAGAUCUGGGAGACUCGCU